AUGUCAUAUGCUUAUGAUGUUGAUGAAUUUUCACGUUAUUAUGAUACAUUUGUUGCUAAUCAUGUAACACAAGAUGCCUAUUGGGUUGAUACUGUUUGUGAGAUCUAUGCUGAGAUAAUUCAACGAACAUUUAUUGAUAAUCAACAAACAAUUAUUAUUGAUUUAGGUUGUGGUACAGGAAAAGAUUUAAUUUAUUUUGAAAAUUAUUUUAAAAAUAAAAAUAUAAAAUUAAUUGGUAUUGAUCAUUCUCAAGCUAUGUUAGAUCGUGCAAAAGAUAAAUUAAAUAAUCAAUUAACUAAUAAUCAAAUUGAAUUAUUACAUGGAGAUCUAACAAAUUUUGCUAAUUGUCUUGAGACAAAAAUAAUUGAUUGUAUUCUUCUACCAGCCGGCACAUUUCAUCAUUUAAUUACUGAUGAUGAACGUCAGAAAUUUAUAAAUAAUAUUCAACAAACACUUCGACCUCAUACAGGACUUUUUGCUAUUUAUUUAAUGCCAGAUUGUUAUAUUUAUAUAGGCGAACCAUCAAUAGAUAAUUCAAAUAAUCAAGAUAGAUUACAACUUAUAUCAGUAGAAAAUACUCAACAAAAUAAUAAUAAUAAUGACGAAUGGAUAUGUAAACAAACAUUUGAAUUUAAUAUUCCUCCAAAAAUUGAAUUAUCAUGGCAAUUACGUACUUGUAAUAUUUCAAAAUUUAUUCAAUUAUUUCUUCAAAAUAAUUUCGAACCAGUAUUUUGUUGUUUAAAUGGUAAAGAACUUCUAUCGUAUGAUGAAAAUAUUUCAUCAUUAUUAAAUAAUAAUAAUUCUACACCUGUAAUUCUUGUUUUUCGUUCAAUAAAAAAUACAAACUAA